AUGUCGAACUCAAACACAGAAGGAUACGAAAGUAUCCUCAACAACAUGGAAAACAGAGAUGACCGUACACACCAAUUUCUUCAACAGCAACAACAGCAGUUUCAACAGUCAAUGAAUUUCGGACAACAUAACCAACAGGGCAUACAGCAGUCGCAGGCCCAGCAACAAUUGUUUCAACAACAACAACAGCAACAACAACAGCAACAACAACAACAACAUCAGCAACAACAACACCGUCGUCAAAACUCUGCUUUUUCCAUCAACAGCGACUUCAACAAUCCAAACAACUUGAAUGCUACAAAUGACGUAGACUCGAGGUUCAGCGGUUAUGUCUCCGACUCGCAGUUUGGGUCCGAAGUCAACUUCACCGACUUUAACGACGCCGUCAGCUCCUUGAGCUCGUCUGGUAUGUUGUCUCCCUAUUCAACGGGCUCAUCUCCAGAUGACUUCUUUUUGAGUGCAACCAAUUCUAAUGUCGACUCCCAAUAUUCGGAAAACAUCAAUGAGUUUGAUUUGAAUAAUACUCAGAAUCUGACUAACGACGUACUUUAUCCUCAACCCCUUGUGCCUGUUCCAAUGGGUGAAUCGGUUUCUAAUAGUACCGUCACUUUCAAUGCUAAUGAAAAUUACCAUAAUAACCAACAAAUGAUGCAAACUUUAGAUACCGUCCAUGAAUCUCCUGAAGAUAUUAUUAAAAAGGAAACUCCAGAAUUCAACGUUAAAAGAGAAUCCCCAGAAAGUAGAGGUACAUCGUCAGAAUCUCAAUCUCAUUCUCAAUCCCAAUCCCAAUCCCAAUCCCAAUCUCAAUCUAGGUCGCAACCUAGGUCGCAAUUCCAGUCUCCACUGUCUAAUAUGCCAAUAACUAGGCCUGACUCUUCAGAAACUUCACUCAACGACACCUUAAGACCGGGCAAGAAGAUCAAAUCGUCCCACAAUUUAAUCGAAAAAAAAUAUAGGACUAAUAUCAACUCUAAAAUUAUCGAAUUGAGAAACUGUGUUCCAUCAUUGCGUAUUCUUGUUGCUAAAAACGGUAAUCAUAGAACAAACACAGUAAAUGACGAACCAGAAGAUGAUGAUGACUACUACGAGGGUAAUGGGUACUCUGACGAUGAGCUCAAAUUGGAUGGCUUGAAGCCUGCUAAGAAGUUGAAUAAAGCCACCAUUUUAUCAAAAUCAUCUGAAUACAUUAGACACUUGGAAAAGAAAAAUGAAAUGUUGAUACAACAGAACUUACAAUUAAGGAAACUGAUUGAAUCUGCAAGCAUACCAGCCAAUAACGAUAUGUUUUUCCAACAUCAGCAUUUCUUACAACAACAGCAACAGCAACAGCAAGCAAGCAGCUUACACUCAUCGCCAUUUAACAAGAGCAAUAGCAACCGAUCCAGCAGUGGAAGCAAUAUGAUGUCGCCAGAUCAAUUCCAGAAUCAACAGCAGCCAGACCACCAGGCCCUAACAAAUAAAAUCCUAAUGGGUGGGUUGGGUACAUUUCUAGGCGCUGCUGCUCUGGACGAUCUAUCUAAUAAUUCCUCAAUUAACCAAAGAGGAUUGUUUGCAUUCCCAAUGUUUGGUUUUCUAGGUGCAUCCCCAACAUCUGCUACUGUAUCUGAUGCAACUUCAACUUUUGAUUACAAGCCUUUCUUGUCAGGGUUUACCAAAUUACUUAUUUCAAUUUAUUUAUUUUACACUUUUAUUUUUCCAUCCCUUAUUACUUCAUUCAACAAAUAUAGGAAGUCACUUGAAAUCCCCACUUUUCCUGAUGCUACGCAAAAACUUUUUCAUUUCUGCUUGCGUCCAUAUGAAUUACAAAGUUCUUUACCUAUCUCUGAUUUACCAAAGGAGGAAAGAAUUCUCAAAUUUCUCUGUUUCGGAUACAAUGCAGAAUUUGUGUUAACUGCUGUUCAAACUUUAUGUCUACCUCAAAAUUCGAAGAACGAUUUUCUUAAAGCCAUAUUCAUGAAAACGGCUAUUGAAUAUAAUAACGAGUAUCUCAACUCCACAAUCAAUGAUUUAUUGAACAGAUUUUGUCUUGAAAGAAGGGGCGAACACUAUUGGAAAAACGCUAAAGCCUAUUUAUCAGAAUGUAAUCUACAGGAAUAUGCCAUGAUGUCUUUCAAAAAUCUACAACUUCGAAAGCUUUCGAAUGAUAUUCAGGAAAGACAUGGCAGAAUUGAAAGCAUUGAAUCCUUGUUGAGAUUUUCUUUGGUUGAUGGGUUAUAUUUUGAUACCAUGAGACAAAUUAUAUCACUUGAAUCUUUGAAGAUGAAUCUAAUGAAGAUCGGUACAGAGCAUAAAAAACUAUAUCCUCUUGCCCUCAAAUUCCAGAAAGAUAGUAUAACUCGCAACUUACAAAGACUAUCAUCAUUCUCACUGAUUUUGAGUGGUGAUAUGAAUUUGAAAUUGGAGAUUUUACAUUAUUUGGUAGAAGAGGAUCCAAAAUCAUUAAUUAAAUGCGUGAGGUUAUACGAAUCCGGAAACUAUAAGUUGUCUGCUGAAAUCAAGACAGGAUUACUGGCUGCCAAGUUGUAUUACCAGGUUUCCAAUAACCAUGGCAUACCUAAAAUUGUGAAAACAUUUUCCAGCUUGAGAUUAGAAGACAUGAAGAUUUCCAAAUUUUCACAAUUCCAGUUCAUCUCACUAAUGAAACUCUUUGAAACAUUAUUUAUCUACCUUUCAAAUGUCGUGGAAAACCAAGACAUGACGAGCAUACACAUACUUCAUAUGUUCGAGUAUAUGAGAGAAUAUUUCGACGAAACAAGGGUUUCUGACAAGUUCUCCCUUCCUUCAGAUACGAUGCGUCUUGCCGAUAGUGUGAUCACAUCCACUAAGAGGCUUUAUGGUUGUUAA